GGGGGGGGGGGGAGAAAUUACCAGUAUUGCCAUAUUAACUAUGUGGAUGGUAUUGAUAAAAAAGAAUGUCUGUUUCCAGCAUUUGAAAUAACACUUUCGAAAUUGCAAGCCGCAACACAGCUUAUUAGUUUGAUCCUUAUUUGUCAGAUGUCAGCCGUCAAUAUCAGAUUAUAAAAAAAACUGAGUAUCUUAGUAGAUAGAUAGGUGUUUUUUUUUAAAUACUAUUUAUUUCUUAUACUGACCCUUUUUAUUAUAGAGAGUGUAUUGUUGAUUGUUCAAAGCGAUUGAAUCGAAAUAUAAGAAAAAAAAUAAUAAUAGGUCAGUUAAAUACGCUGGUAUAUAAACUGUCGGGAGUAGCCAGAUUAUAGAAGGGGGAAACGGGACACUGUUUCGACUUUUUUAAAUUUAAUUUAGGAAUGAAUAUAUGUACGCCUCAUUCUCUUUCCCCUUGAAAUGCAAGGUAAAUGAAUAUGAUAGCUCUUUACCUUCAGAAAUGAUUGUGAUGAUGUUUCAUUACCAAAUAGUCUAAACCAAAGUCAAGAUUAAGUCGGGCACAAAGAUAGACGAGUUUAAUCAUUUUCAUACUUUUUGAGAAAAUUGGUUGUUUAUCAAACAAGUGCAUAAUAGUGUGGAAUUACAAACUAAUCAAACACUUACAAUCAAUAGAAAGGGCCCCAACGAAAACCAGUGUUUGUACUGAUUGGGCCACCCUUUUUCAAAUAUGUGAAAUAAAUAAAUAAAUGGUUGGUAUUUUAUCUUAUUGUAUUAUAAGAGCACUGCCAUUAGCAUGAUUAGAGGAAUCAAAUUCAUUUGCGUACAUUACGAGUAUUUGAUGUUAGUUUACCACAGCUCACGAAAAAAAAUGUACGAUUUUUUGUCCAUAAUCCCGUCUAUAAUUUAUAGCCGUUGUAUUUUACACACGAAAUAAAGAUAAAUAUCUAAUCUCCCCCGUAUCAAUUUCCAACCUAAUAUUUUCACUCCAGAUCAUAUCCUUGUAUGACACGCGAUCCACGUACCCUUGUUAUCAUGGUAAUAUAAAGAAAGAAAAGACUACCUAGGCGGAACCCAGUGGUGGUGAAAAAACAACUGCUUUGACUUGUCUGUUAAUAGAGAGGAAUUGAGAGCCACUUUUGGGAGAAAAUUUCUCGUGAAAUAGUAGGAAGCGCAAUUUAAAAUAUUGGUACAUAUAGGCCCUGCAAGCUUUGUUCGCAUACCAAACGCAUGGACCUACCUAAUUAUCUUUAUUCUGGUAUAUCGGUUGUAAGCGAUAGCAGACUGGAAUGGUUAGAUUGAUUGAAUCAAAUAGAUUUUUCGCUAACCUAUUGUUUUUUAUGUAAAGACUGAAAUACACCUUUUGCUGCCGAUUCGACGAAAAAUCGUUUACAAUGGCAGAUUGCUCACGUGUUUUCUUAUCCAUCUCGUGCAACCUUUCGAUGUCGAGUCUCCCUGAUGACCUCACCGAACGAUUGCACACGACGUCGACCAUUGCUUUCGCUUGCAUGGUCAUCAUCAUCCUCUUCGGUCUGGUAGGCAACCUCCUAAUCGUCUACAUCGUAUGUACGAAACCGAAGAUGAUCACGGUCCAUAAUGUGCACAUCGUCAAUCUUGCUGUCAUCGACAUCCUAUUCCUCUGCGUCUGCAGCGUGGUCGAUGUUGUCGGAAUGGGUGUGAUCGCUUACCACGAUAUUUUUCUGAAUAUAACAUCGAGCCAAUCGGCUGGCAUCAUCUUCGUUCAAACGCUGACAUUCACGGCCUCUUGUGGGACCCUCAUGGCAUUGGCCUUCCAGCGAUACCUGGCGAUAGUUAACCCAUUGGAGAACAAGAAACGGCGCACCGUCAAGAACGCUAAUAUUCUACAAGCUAUUGUUUGGACAGUUCCUCUCCUUUUGGGUGUCAUCGUUGCUGUUUUGGAAUCUGAUCUCAAUACCCACAUCAUCGCCGAGGGCAUCUCCCUGUAUCAAGCUGCGUUCUUCUUUUCUCUUCUCAUCGUCGCCAUGGUUAUCUGUCAUAUCGCCAUCUAUCGCUCCGUGCGCGAGCGUGAGAUGGUCGAAGGCGGCCGCGUGGCGCGAUGGCAGCAACAACGCAACAUGCGCAUGCUCAGAAUGGUCAAUUUGUUAGUGUUCACUUUUCUCAUCGCGCGCGGAUUUUGGCUCAUCUACGGCCUGUACGUCAAUCACACGGGCCCUCGAUCGCAAGGAGGUCACGUGGAAAAGUUAUUCCAUGACGUCAUGGUGCAAAUUUUUGCGCGCAUCGGGUGCGCGGUCAAUAGCGCGUUGAAUCCGGUCAUUUAUGGAAUGCUCACGCCGGAUUUUCAUCGGCAUCUGAUCCAAAUAAUUUUCCAUCCGUUCGCAGGUUCGGCGCCGCAAAGACGGGGAACCAUGGACAGGGACAGCACUUAUAUUGUGACGUCAUCAUCUGCCAAUACAGUGAGUUCUGCUUAAUGAUGGUGCGAAUUCCUACUUCUUAUAAUGAUCAUUGACAUUUCUUACUUUUCAAUAACUUUCCAAAGUCGCAAACUUUGGCGACAGAUGAUAAAAGAAUUGUGACGGGAGAGUCGGUCAUACGGAUGCUCUUUGUUUGGCAAAAUCCAUUUAUACGUCUGAACAUGAUUAAACAAAAUGGAAAAUAAAUAAAAUCUUUGACAGACCCACCCCCUAAAAAAGAUGUCGUACUUCAUAUAUAUUCUUCGCUUUUCCAUGACUGCGCAUGUGUGCUAAAAACUGCUACGGUAUUGGCGAUAUGAAAUAAAAUGUUGUUUUAGGAGAUGUUUUGGCGAUUUUACAUGAAUAGUACUUUGGCCAUGAUCCAUACUAAAAUAAGAAUAACUGCAUUUUCUUUUCCAUGAUUUCUGCUUGUGUAAAACCAUUUCUCCUUCAUGGCCUGGGCUGAAAUUUUCAGGGUAUUGUCUUUGUUUGUAAGCUUUCCGAUUAGCAAUUACUAACUUAUUGUAUUUCAUUUAAAUGAAUGUUCAAAUUGCUUCAAAUGCAGUCACGAGUUAGGGCGAUUGGUGAAAUUCAAAUCUGCUAAAAAAGAAAAUAAAUCCAGAAGUAAAAACGACUCGACGGUCAAUGCACUUUCAUGGAAUGAGAAUGCAAGAUGAUCCUGCCACAUAAAUAUUUAGAUAGAAUUCAUUAUAAAAAUCAAAUAUUCACAAAAUUGGUCUUGAAAUAAAUCGUCAAAAAGUUUUGCUGUUAUGUGUUUGUUUUUGUUUCAUCCAUUCGAAUACGAAUGGAAAAUAUUUGCUGGAAGCAACAUUCGUAUUAUGCGUGAAAGCGAUUCAAAGUAAUAGAAAAAAGUGGGGCUAAGGCGCCUGACUAUACAUGGAAAGUCCGGGGUUCGAUUCCCGGCCGCGGCACUUAUGCCCAUGAGCAAGGCAUUUAAUCGACAAUGAUCUUUUAUCCUGCAUUUAAAUAAAUGAAAAUGCUAUUCGCAUUCGUGGUAACUAGUUGUGCACUUGUUGUUUUUAACCAAUAUACAAUACAAUGUACUUCAAAUAUAUUUUAUGGGUUUUUUUUUACAAAAAAUUGACAGUUUUGAAAGUCCAUUUGCAUAAAGGUUGCCAAUUAUUUGACAUGGGACUAUCAGAGUCAUUGAACUAACCACAGACAUAUUUUAUUUAGUGUGAAUGACGUCAGCGAUGGCAGUAUAGAUACAUUGUCACCACCAGUCCUUACGUACAUAAUGCCCCUGUAUCUUUGUUUUUUCAAACAAUUUGUUUGCCCUGUGUACCAGUAAGACGGUGUCCGGCUACCAAGGCAGUGGUCUCUAUUGCUGGCAUAUAUGGAUUAAAUAUCCACUUCGAGACUCGAAUGUGUUUGUCUUAACCCCCUCACUUUCACGGAUCACAUUAAAACAUUGUAUUGCUGUAUGGUAUAUCCGUGAGUGGUAGUUAUGGUGUUAUAUUUUAGUGUCAAGCUUGAAGUAAAAUAUGUAGAACACACAAAAUAUUCAAGGAAAGAUUUUGAAGGCAUGUACUUGCCCUAACACACAAUACAAACACCACUCUUUGUAUACUUAACAUGCUUAAGAACAUCCUAAAAGCAGCAUUAAUUGUGAUGUUUACAGCUUCAAUUUUAUGUUUUCUUUAUUUCAAAACAACCAUUAUCAAGAAAAUUAUCAAACGAUCAGAUUUCAAAAUGAUAAUACAUGACAUGUAUAACAUUUCAUAUAUACAUACAAAAGUUUGAAAUUUGUACAUACAAUGAACCAUAUGACAGCCGUACAUCUCAAAUCUAAAUCAAUAUUAAUCGAGUAGGCAUAUUUGCAUGGUGUGAAUGUACUCAGCUGUUUCUAAUAUAGUUACCAUCUUUGCUUAACUAUUAAACAAUAUGUAAGUUGUGAUAGCAAAAUGAUAUUGGAAAGAAAAUUAGAUAUCAUUUAUUGCAUAUAAUUGUUGUGUAUUUAAUCUGCGUGAUAUCCCGAUCGUGAUAAUUACUACUUUAAAGUCACCUGACCAGAGCCAAUUUAGCACUGGUACGGUGCAUAAUUUUAUAAGAUUCUAUUUAUCAACAAUUUGAUUUUCGAUUUUCGCUCUACUUUGAAUAUAUGCAUAAAGACAUUUAUAUGUUAAAGACGUAAUUGAAUCAGUGUUUAAACGUUAUGUUCGCUGAGAUUCAUGUGUAACGAAUUGAUGAAGGUUUACAAAAAACGUUAUAAAGUCACGUGCAAGCUGUC